AUGGAAUCAACUGAUUCAUCCUCGUUGCAUCAAGUCAACCUACCGCAAAGCCUUGUACCUGUAGCGCAACUGUCCCCAGAUUUAGAACACCCCGCGCAGCAUUCCUUCCAAGCGGUGGUCACAUUAGUGUGGCCGUUCUCUAGCUCGAAUCGAGCCUUCAGUCUCUUGCUCGCCGAACCCGAUUAUCGCUUGCGACAGCAGUCUGGACAAGUCCGAGUCACAUUUUGUGGAGGUUGCGCCGAGGAGGUAGCUCGAAUCAGAGUCGGUAUCGGGGAUAAGUUGACGUUGAGCCUCGAGGGAGCGCAAUGGAUAGAGAAUAAGAAUGCAAACUCUACACCUGGGAGGUCGAUUGGCUGGGAGAUUCAGUUUACCAAUCGCGUGAAGCUUGAGGCAUUUCGACAUGCGCAAAAAAUAGCUGCGGUUGAUAUCGAUUAUCCAGAACCUCAAAAUGAUAGCACAAUACUCGCGACUCCCACGCGAGGAGACUAUGGGCUAACGGACAGCUUGGCGUGGAAAGACAGAUGGGAGACACCGGCUUUUCUGCGGAAAAGAAGGCUCUCAUCGGAAAGCCCAUUACGGACCGGCUUCGGUCUUCUAGAGGAGAAAGAUGGGUAUAUACUAGGAAAGGGCAGGAAACGACCGCGUUUCAGCUUUCCAAGCAACGGAUGGCGACUUGUGGAUGAAUCAGAUAAGGAGGAGCCGUCAAACGAGGGUACAUGGUUUGAAUCUGAUGAAGAAGAGCUGCAGCGAGAUGAUGAGAUUAUUUCGGACACAGCGGUUAAGGAUGCUGGAUUUGAGGUCUCAGAGCCUACAGAGCAUGCUCCGUCUUUACCGUCAUCUCCAACAACUCCAAUAUCUGCCAAAGCUCCAGAUACGAACUCAAUACCUAUCCAAAUAGUUGUGCCUGAAGGGAAAUUACGUGAACCGACGUUGGCAGAUAAUCAAUCACCACUUCCCACGGAUACUCCUCGCCUUCAUCCUUUGCCAUCUCCAGGCCUUCCAACGCCGUCACCAAUAGUCUCUACUCCUGAAAACGCUCUGGGCUAUUUCUCUGGAAUUACUUUCCAACCAACUUCUCAAUUGCUCGCCCCUAGAACAAUCCACAAUCAUCAAUUAAACAGCAUCUCUACCUCCAACUGUCUUUCCGGUGGUGUCAUACACCCAGGACCUUCCGAGACGACCGACUUGGGUGCUGCGCCCCAAGAAACGAGUACGCAAAGCGCCCAAUCAAACACAACAUUUGAUUUUUCUUCUCAUGCAGCAGCCGCUUUGGCUGCCACUGGGGAUUAUAAUUCGCUACAAACACCAUACCAGGAAUCAUCCGAGCUGGGUAUUGACCCGGUGACUGUCGCCGAAUCAUCUGGCCAUCUCACAACCGAAGACCAGGGUAACUUACCCAUAGACCCAACAAUAUCAUUUAAGCGUGGACAUCACGGGUAUGAACGACAAUGCAAGACCAACGACCAUUUAGUUAUGGAAGAGGAAUAUUCAGAUGUGCCCGAGUAUCAAUAUGAAGCUGCAACUGAAAAGGAUGGCGAAGGGAAUGCAUUUGAAGUUGACGACAUAGGAUUGUCUCAUGGAGACCAGCUCAAUCCGGAACGGAGAAAUUCGGUGAACGCAUAUGAAAUUCAAAAUGAGGGCGAUGAAGAUGCAACCUUUGAAAAUACGGAUCCUCAUAGAGAAACUCCUGAUGCGCCAUAUUCACACGAUUAUCCGAACAAUGAGAUCGAGCCUUCAAGGCGCAGGAUCUAUCACGACGGAACUGAUGAGGACGAGAUGGUUUCCGAUGAACUUACACCAGACGAUAUGGACGAAGAAGAUGGCGAGGCCGACGAAGACGAUGAAAUGUCUGAGGGACUCGAAGAUGACAUAAAGUCUAAGCCCGAAACACAAGGUAGGCUUUCCGUGGAGUCACCUCAAGAAUCAAAACCGCCGCCGCGCAAUGUGUAUCCAGAGGUUAUUGUAAUAGAUAGCGACAGCGAGGAUGAACCAGCGCAACCAAUAACGAGAUCGCCACUUCAGUACGAUGAUGAAUCAUACGACGAGAGUGGCAGCCCAUCAGAUAUAAAUGAGCAAGCGGGGUACGACUCAUUCGAAGAAUUAGGAGAAGAAUAUGAAGAGGCAGAUGACGAGGAAGAAAUCAGAAACGAGAUAUAUGACAAAGACCAUAUGGACGAAAAUUCAGAUAUUCGGAUUUUGAACAAUGAACAAGCUUCAGAUGACGAGAGUGAGAAGGGCGAUGGACCUGGUCAUAUUGAUGAUGAGGAACUCAGGGGUGUCGAACAGGACACCGGUUCGGAUCGCUGCAAGAGCCUAGAAUCGUCGGACUCUGUACACUUGGACCAUACCAAUGGGUAUUCCACUUCUAAGAUUACACAUGCCAUCUCUACCACAACUGAAGAGGAAGUUUGUAUCCUUUCGGAUGCGGACGAUGAUCCUGAUGUGUCGGCCACCAAGACUCGAUCAGUAGAGUCAAGUCCGCAGAUGGCGCUCAUGAACCUUCCACUGGUAACCCGAACAAGGCCUCUUCCAACACCUCAGGCGACCCAGAGUGGAGAGUCUCGACAUGCCUCUCCUGACUCUCUGGCCGAUGUACCAGAUGACACCAAGCCUUCCAUCGAUGAGGCGACUUCUAAUAUGGGUAAGGCUACCCCUGAAGCCAGCCAGCACCAAUGGAUCGACGGUUCAGACGACAAAAUCUCGCCCACGAUACCUAUUCCCCCGGCUCAAGUCACCGAGUAUGAACUACAUGGUCAUAAGGCCGAGGACACUGCAGCGCCAGAAGUUCUUGAUGAGGUUGUUCUAGUGGACGAUCGAUCUGCUUUCGAGAGCGUAGAAACUCAAUUUCCAGCUCCUACAGCAAUCGAAUCGAUACCUGAACGUUAUCCAGAGACGCCCAGUCUGCGGACUCGUGAAGCAACUUAUGCAACACUUGUCACACUCGGAGAUCAUGUUAAUGGAUUGGUAGAUACUAUAUCCGUCAUUGUUGAAGCGUCGCCGGUCGAACGUGCAACGCAUGAUUCCAAGGACAAUUACUUCACCUUACGGAUCACAGAUACGACCAUGGCUGGAACAACUAUCAUGGUGCAUGUUUUCCAUUCUGAUAAGGCAUCUCUACCCGUGGUGAGUGAAGGAGAUGUAAUUGUGCUUCGGGACUUCAAAGUUCAAAACUUCGAUCAUUCUACUGCCCUCGUCAGUUGCACUGACAGCGCAUGGGCUGUAUUCAACGCCGAGGCAGACGAGCCUCGCGUUACUGGUCCAACUGCCAAGGUUGGCGAGGACGAGCGUGGCCGUGCUCAAGAACUCCAAGAAUGGUACCACAGUGCCGGAGCUGCCAUGGCAGCUGAUCACAUGCUACAAGUUUCCAUUGAUCAAGAACAAAAAGAACAUACGCCGUCAAGCGUUGCAUCAAGCGUUGCGUCCAGCGAUGUUGGCAGUUUAGGAUCGGCAGCGGUCGUAUCAUUCUCCCGACCACGCCUCCGGCGAAAGAAGAGUCGCCGCCGAAUCACGAUUCAUGAACUGCGAGAUGGACGAAGGUACACCGAGGCUGGGCCGUCUCCAGGCAAUCAAUUAAUCCAUGAAUUGCGGGAUGGUACUGUUUACGCACAUUCUUUUGAAAGUGAUUAG